AUGCCCUUGAACGGGGAUACAACAAACCCCUUCGUCACCUCAUCCAAGGGCUCCAAGUCCCCCGGUCCCCGGCGCAAGGCGGACCCAGACGGCAUGGCCGGUCUGCGCGAGGACAUCAGUCGGAUGAACUUGGUGCAGCGGGGGGAGUAUGUUCCUCCUCUUCCCGAGAAGCAGUCGAAGGACGUGCACCGUGGCCGCGACCUUGACCGAUUCGUCCCCGCCCGGCCGCCGGCGAGCCGCUCCUCCUCCACGCUCGCGGACAUGCACGACUCGUCUCGCGACACCUCGUUUGACCAGAGCAGCGCCUCGCUCUCGGCCUCUCUCGGCCUUGCCCCGUCUAACAGGCGCAUACUGAGCUUCCGCGCCGCCCCUCCGCCAGCCUCGCAUGCCACGAGCCACCUCGACACGCAGCGAAACUACCUUCUUCACUCGUCGGCCUCGAACAACCGUGGAACAGCUACCAGUGGCAACGUGGCGCAGACGGCCGAGAAGCGCAAACCCCACCUGCCCGAGCGCGUGCUCGACGCUCCCGGGUUCCUGGACGACUACUACCUAAAUCUGAUCGACUGGAGCAGUGCGAACCGAGUCGCCAUUGGCCUGGGCGCGCUGUCCUAUGUCUGGGACGCUGAGACGGGCGACGUCACGGCCCUGGGCGAGGAGACGGAGGAGAGCACGGCGGUGUGCUCGGUGAGCUGGUCGAGUGACGGCGCGUACCUGGCGAUUGGAAACGAGGCCGGCGAGGUCGAGAUCUGGGACGUCGAGGAGAGCAAGAAGAUGCGCGUGAUGGGCGGGCACAAUGCGCGCGUGCCCUCGCUGUCAUGGAACGGGCACGUGCUCUCGUCCGGGUGCCGCGACGGGUCCAUCUUCCACCACGACGUGCGCAUCGCGCAGCACAAGGUGAUGGAGCUGCGCGGCCACGCAGCAGAGGUGUGCGGCCUGAAGUGGCGCCCCGACGGGGUGCUCCUAGCCAGCGGCGGCAACGACAACGUGGUGAACUGCUGGGACGCCCGUGUGGGCCAGAACGUGAUGGGGGAGCAGACGCGCGUCGUGCCAAAGUGGACUAAGAGGAACCACACUGCGGCCGUGAAAGCGCUGGCGUGGUGUCCAUGGCAGCCAAACCUGCUCGCGACAGGCGGCGGCAGCCAGGAUCAGCACAUCCACUUCUGGUCCACGACCACGGGCGCGCGCACCUCGUCCCUACACGCCGGCUCGCAAGUCACCUCGCUCGUCUGGUCCCCGCACAGCAAGGAGAUCCUCUCCACACACGGAUACCCCAACAACAACAUCACGCUGUGGGCCUACCCCUCGCUGCAGAAACAGUACGACGUGCCCGCGCACGACCACCGGAUUCUUGCGAGCUCCCUGUCCCCAGACGGAUGUACGGUUGCGACAGCGGCCGGAGAUGAGAAUCUCAAGUUUUGGAAGAUUUGGGAACCAAAGGUCGUCAAGAAGAGCGAGGGCGACGAGCGGGAUGCAAGGGGACAGUCGAAGGUUCGGAUUAGGUAG